AUGGCUGCCUUGGCUUCUUUACUACCACAACCUGUACACGCCCCUGCCGUCUCAGAUGACGAAGAAGAUAUCCCAAAGCAGGUUAUUUCUCAAUCCACCACUGUCAUUACCCGAGCAGUCGUCCCACCCUAUGGUCAACGAAUAGGAUGGAAACCAUCUUCGUUAGAGGAUUUCGGCGACGGUGGUGCUUACCCUGAAUGUCAUGUUGCUCAGUAUCCUCUAGGGAUGGGUAAGAAGCAGGCAUCAUCUGGAAACACUCUUGCAUUACAAGUCGAUAGCGAAGGAAAUGUCCGAUAUGAUGCUAUUGCCCAGCAAGGGCAGCGCGAAGGGAAGAAGGUCCAAUCCCAGUUCAAGGAUCUAGUGCCUCUUGCGCAUAGGAAGGAUUUAGAUGAUAAAGACAAGGUCAUGGAACGCCCCUCCGAGGAAGAAGUUCAGGAAACUGCUGAAAAAACUCGUCUGGCCCUUGAAAAGUUGGUCAAUGGUAAAAUCAAGGCUGCGCAGCCCAAAAACGUCCCGGACAGUCAGGGAAAGACAUCAUUUAUUCGGUAUACUCCUGGGCAGCAGAAUGGUCAGGGUGCUUUAAAGCAGCGCAUAAUCAAAAUGUCGGAAGUAGUUGAAGACCCUUUGGAGCCUCCCAGGUUCAAACACAAGAAGAUUCCUCGAGGACCACCCAGUCCGCCUCCUCCUGUAUUGCGAAGCCCUCCCCGAAAGGCUACGGCCGCAGAGCAAAAAGAAUGGAUGAUUCCUCCGUGUAUCUCAAAUUGGAAGAAUAACAAAGGUUUUACUAUCCCUCUUGACAAGCGUCUCGCUGCCGAUGGAAGAGGUUUACAAGAUAUUCAUAUCAACGACAACUUUGCAAAGUUUUCCGAAGCUUUGUUUGUUGCAGACCGACAUGCAAGGGAGGAAGUGCGCCAACGAUCUUUGAUGCAACAAAAACUUGCACAAAAGGAGAAGGAAUCCAAGGAAGAAACACUUCGUCUUUUGGCCCAGAGAGCACGGGAGGAACGUGGAGGUGUUCCACAGAAGCCAACUGCGCAAUCCCAAGCUGCUAUGAAGUCGUCAUUAGCUGCCUAUGGAAGUGACAGCGAAAGUGGUGACGAAUCAGAUGCUUCUGAAGAUAGCGCUGAAGAUGAAGAGGCCCGCAGAAUCCGUGACGAAAUGAGGCAGGAAAAGAGGAGAGAACGCGAACGAGAGUUGAGGAUGAACAACAUGGGCCAGGAACAACGUGCCAAGAUGCUCGCUCGGCAACAGAAUCGCGAUAUUUCAGAGAAGGUCGCACUGGGUCUUGCAAAACCGACCUUGUCAAAGGAAUCAAUGCUAGAUUCGCGCUUGUUCAAUCAAGAAUCAUUGUCUGGUAACUUUGCAGACGAUGAUUCUUACAAUCUGUACGACCGACCUCUGUUCCACGGCUCGACUGCUGCCGCCGCAAUUUACAAAGCUAGAGGUAAUAUUGAGGAGGGUAAUGAAGAUUCGUUCGGUGGCGGUACAGACGAAGGCAUAGGGAAAGCGCUCGAUAAUGAUCGAUUUAACCUUGGUCAGGCACGAAUCGGCUUCGAAGGUGCUAAAGACCAGGAAGUCAGGGAAGGACCAGUGCAAUUUGAGAAGGACACGGGUGAUGUCUUCGGCCUGAACCAAUUCCUGGAUGAGGCAAAGACGGGUAAAAAGAGGGGCUUGGAUACUGGGGUGGGUGGUUCACGGAAACGACAGCAACUGGAGAAAGCUUCGGAUCGAGAGUGA